UCAUCUCGUCCUGCAGGAAUAGACUCUGUUCCUCCUCCUCCGCCGCUGCAGCCCGACUCUCUCUGACACAAACCGGCAUGUCUGCAAACUGAGAGACGCACAAUCCCCCUUUAACACGCACAACUUGUGCUUUCUUUCCUUUCCUCCACCUCGCUGAAGCAGAAGAAAGGAGGCUGGUUAUAACACUGCGACGAGGCGCCUGUUUCUCUUCUGGAGGGAUAAAGACUUGGAGGUGGAUCAAAACAAGGUCUGUCCCUGAUAACCUGACCACUGAGGGAAGAGAACGCAGAACUGCUUCAUCAUGAAUUUUGUAAUGAAAGCUGCGAUGGGAGGAGGUCCUCCUGAUGUGGGCAAGAUGCUGGGUGGGGAGGAGAAGGAGGAGGACCCCGACGCAGCCACGAAAGAGGAGGAGCGACAGGAGGCGCUGAGGCAGCAGGAGGAGGAGAGGAAGGGCAAAUAUUCCAAGAUGGAGGCUGAGAGGGAAAGCAUGAGGCAAGGCAUCAGAGAUAAGUACGGCUUGAAAAAGCGCGAGGAGGCCGAGGCCGAGGCAGCAGCCGCUGCGGAGGAGUCUGCGGAGGGCAGCUUGACCCGACCCAAGAAGUUAGUGCCGGCCGGCUGCGGUGACGAGGAGGAAGAGGAGAGCAUCAUGGACACAGUGAUGAAAUACCUGCCAGGCCCGCUGCAAGACAUGCUGAAGAAGUAGGCUAGCUAAUGCUAACGUUAUCUAGCUUAGUUCAUAGGCUACAUUCUCAAGGUUGGCUUAAAUCCGGGUUUUUUUCCACCCACAUGACAGAUGUGAACAUUGCUUUGUGAGUGACGUUACAUAAAACACAGUUUAACCCGGCGUGGUGUUUUGGUGUUGGGACAAAUCUAAAGUUUUAUGGUGGGGAAAUGAAUCGGAUGUGAGCCAGCAGUGUGAAUCGCAGCCAUUAGACUAAGCUAGGCUGGCCGAACGUUAGUUAUGUUACACCAAUAAAGCUAACAGCAACCGGAGGGGCUAAAAAACACAAUGUUAGAUGGUUUAUCCUUCUAGUCCGAGACGUUUUAAACUCCCUUUUCUCUCCUCUGCAGAGCUCUCUAGCAGCACUGAAAAAUAAUAUCCUUGCCCACCACGCUGUCACUCAAUUUGUACAUAAAUAAAAUGAUUACAUUACAAGCCUCGAGGUGGGCAAACAAUCAUAAAAUAUUAUAUGAAAUUAUUAUAUUAACUGUGUGUCUGUCUCUAAAAUAAAAAAAAAAGAUGUGAUAACUUGAUAAGCCAUAUUUUAAAAAGGAAAUUUAAAGACUACUGUUGUGUGCUCCUAAAGCUACUGUUUUGUGUUCGACCAUGUCUGAAACUUAUGUAAAACUUUUUGCACACAGUGUUACACAUUCUCUGUCAGAUCUAUUGUCUAUCUCCCCCCGACACAUAAGUGUAAUAACAUCCACGUAGUGUAGUGUUUAAAAAAAUGUUUCUAUUCCCCUUGUUCAGUGCGUCUCCUUCUUACGUCUUGCAUGCCAUUUGUCUCGACACGUUUGUUGUGUGAAUAUGUACAAUCUCACCACCCUUUCCCCCGCCCCGACCCCUUUUAUCCUCUUCUUUAUCAUGCAAAAAAUAUUAAGGCAAUAACUCCUAAGUUUGAGUGUGUUUUCACCACCAUGUCGAUAUAACCGUUAAUAAUAUCAGUAAUGAAAAAAUGUAUGCGUUCAGGAGAUUUCAUUUACAGGUUUGCAGGGUUUUCUUUUUUGUUGUCUCAUUGUUUCGAGGAAGAAUGACCGCGUAGACGUUCAUACAACAGCCAAAACCUGAAGCUUUCAGCCAUAAAACCAGAACUUACAGUAUAUAUACUAUUACUAUCAGGAUCUGCUACUAGGGAGAGAAUACUGAAUGAAUCUGUAAGAAGAAAUAUGUGUUUAUCAUAAGUCGUAUAAACGUGAUAGCGGACUACAAGUCUGGAUUUUGUGGAGGUUUGCGAGAAAGAGACCACCCUCCCUCAAUAUACACACACACACACACACACACACACACACACACACACAAACACACAGUGAGUUUGGCUACUGGUUUAGUUACACAGGGAAACCAGACCUGACGUGAUGCUUGAUUCAGUUCUACUUGUUGUCGGUUUAGAUGAGAGAAUGAGCCGCCGAGCGUUUCGGCGCGACGUGGAAUGCCAUCGAGCAAUAAAGGAUUAUCAUGUAUGUUUCUGCCUGAGAUUCAAUAAAAACUUAAAACCUUGUUCACAGACAUUAAAAA